GUACCAAUAUUCACAUCUCAGCAUCUCUAUUUUUUCCAUCUCACCAAGAUUAAACCUUUAGGCCCUACAUCUCUCACUUUCCUCUCACCUCGAGUCCUUGCAAGUUUUCAACUUUCAUUGUCCUUGAGCACUUCCACCCUUCCUCGAAUUCCUCCCCACUCUCUCUUCCUCAUCCAGAACAGACGCCCACAAUUCUCCUCAUGGCAGCAGGGACAGAAGCUAAGGAAGGAGGGCCAGGAGAAAACAAAGAGCCACCUCUCAAGUACAAGAGAUUGGUCUUGAAGGUCUCAGUUCACUGUGAGGGGUGCAAGAGGAAGGUCAAAAAGAUCUUGAAUAAUAUAGAUGGCGUGUACACCACAGAUGUUGAUUUAAGGCAACAAAAGGCCACGGUAAUAGGGAAUGUUGAUGCAGAUACUUUAAUCAAGAAACUUAUAAAAAAGACAGGGAAGCAUGCAGGGCUGUGGCCUGAAAAAGCUGAUAACAAUCAGAAAGAUAAAAAGAAAGGAAAAGGAAAGAAGAAAGGGAAAGGGAAAGAAAGUGACGAAGAAAGCAGCGAUGAAGAAGGCAGUGAUGGUGGAAAUGAGAAAGAAGCUAAAGUCAAUACUGGAGUCUCUUCUCCUAAACACGUUGAAGGUUGUCAUGGUGUUGUUGGCAAACCAGGUCAAGAAGGAGGUGGCCAGUCAUCGGCGACUGACAAGAAAGUUGAUGGUCAGUGUGAGAUUGGAGCCGGGGGUAGUGCUGCUGGUGGUGGUGGUAAGAAGAAGAAGAAGAAGAAGAAGAAGAAGAAGGUGCAUACAGCAGGGAACAACAACACUGUUGAUGAGGGUGGACAUUCUGGCCCUGCUGCAGCAGGCACUGGAUCACCAGGUCUUGGGCAUGUCAAUGUCCAAAUCCCACACCCUACCAAUCACGUCCCCCAACCUCAGCAUGUGUAUGACCACCCAGCAACAACUUGCUAUGCACCCACGGUGUACGCUGUGAGCAGCAAUGUCGCAUGCCCAAGCACUUGUUAUGGUGCCUCAUACUAUGCCCCACCGUAUUCCUACGCGUGUAUGCAUCUGCCGUCCGAUUUGGAUUCAUAUCAGCCACGGCCGUCCUGUUCAUUCGAGAUUUUUAGCGACGAGAACCCUAAUGCAUGCUCAAUUAUGUGACAAUGGCUUCACAAAUGGUGGCAAUCAGCACAUUGAACUAACUCAUACUACUGCCUGUACAAGUCUAUGAGGGGAGGGAGGUAUUUUUGUAAUGCAUGUAGAUAUAUGAAAGGUAAAGUUCUUCUAGCUUUAAAAUUAGGGGAUAAUAAGAGGUGAACUAGGGUCUGGGGCGUUUAUAUAUCUUUAGUGGUCACGGGUGUUUAUGCUUAGCUUCCUUGACCUUAAGUACUUUUUACCGCUUUUAAGGCUGGGUUUUAGAAUAGUGCUGCCAUGCAUGUUAACUAGCUCCAGAACCACCUCAAUUUCCCUUCAUCUAUCUAUCUAUCUAUCUUGGCAAGGGGAUCGAUUUGGCAUACAAAGUGAUUAGUGUUGAAUAUUGGCAUGGUUCAAAAGCGGAGCGUUUCGAUAUGGGAUAAAAAAGAAGGCAAAAGAGAGGACUUAUUUUUCUGUAUUUUUUAUUGUUUUGAAAGUGUAGAAACUAAUUUCG